AGAUGCACUGUAAUCAGUCCAUGUCGACGGAGCACUUUCACGUCGUUCUUUGACUUCGCGGAUCACAGAAGCUUGCGUUGGGAAGAACUUUGCUUGUGCGUGCCGCCUCACGCCAUCUCCGCGCCUGCAUCGCUUUAUGACAUCAGCUUCUUCUUUUCUGGGAGUCCAUGUUGCGAGGUUGCCCAUACUAGGUACAGCAGGGGAGAAGAUUCAGUAGCUCGUCUGCACCGUCACUUGCUAUUUGUGAUUCGAGGCUUUGAGCUACUUAUGAUGAUCGCUUGAUUGGGAAGAUGUAAUAGUUUGAAAAGAUCGGUAACUUGGAAACUUGGUAACGGUUGCGUGCUUAUCUUCUUUCUGGAAGUGUGCAUCGGUAUACGCGGAGCUUUGUCUUCAGUAAUUCUAUUGAUGGCCACAAAGUUGAUAGAAGCGACCUCCUUAACUUGGUCGGCUGCAUCUACCUCAACCGCCUGCUCCCGAAAGCAAAAGGUUUUAGAAAUUGGCCGUGUUCGGAUUUAUCAGAGCUUGAGCACUGGAAUCAAAACACUCAAAUCAGGACCAAAGCCGGCAAAGGGCUGUAUCCGGAUGGCAAGUUCAAAGGUGUUUGACACGGAUGUCGGAGUUGAAAAAUGGACAAUGCCCGACAGCAAGCCACUCGGUCACGAGACCGUCGUGCAAGUGACCCCUCGUGACGUCUGGUUCUGGCAAGCCGACACACAUUGGAAGACAUGGCAUGGGCUUUGGAUCAACUAUCAGCCUCAAAAGACGAAAGAGUUAACCAAAGAGUACAAGUCAGUUCGUUCCCUGCAAAAGGUUGACCCAGAACGUUUAAAGUAUUACCAAAGAAACCAAUGGUAUGAUGCAAAGGGUUUUGGCAAAGACAUAAAAUGGGCGUACGGACCUUGGCACUUCAAUAUCGAGGAGCACCUUCUAAAUGAUGGAAUAUUGCACCCAUGUUCUAAAGAUCAUCGCACGCUUUUAUUUCCCAGUGGAAACCUGGGUUGGAUUCAAAUGUAUUUGAAGCCAAAUGAUCCUAACAGCGUUAUUUUUAGUGAGCCCAUGUUUUACGUUAACCCAAACCAGAGAAUCUCAGUUCCUGUGGGCUACGACAGCGAAGGAAUGCUGGGGACGGCUCUCCUGCUGGAGGAGGUACAUGACACAGAGGAAAGGUUUGACUCGACAUGGUCUGGAACCUUCUGGAAACACUGCAGGGAUCCACUUGAAGAGACCAGGGAGGAGCCAAAGGGAGUUUAUCGAGGGCACGAAGAGAGCAUUACCCCAGGGAUGGAGUGGAUGAUGCGGGAGGCAGAGUGGCAAGGUUUUCAGGGAGGCUUGAGCGGAGAGUUAGCGGCCAACUACACCCUGGUGCACAUGCCUAAUAAUGUAACAGUAUUUGCGCCUAAGAAAGCGGCUGUACAUAAGGAUUUUGCUUUCUAUGUUACGUACGUGGAGAAGGACAAGCGAGUGCGUGUUAUGUCUGUUGCCUACGGAGCUGAUCUCAAUCUCGCGUACAUCAAAUGGGGAGUUUACGACAAGGUUGAUUGAGGAUAUUGUCCGUUGAAUUCUUGGAACUUCGCCAAGUCUGAUGAGGGAUUCUUGUAUAGUGUUUUAUAGAGGGACAUGACAACAUUUGAAGAUUUCAAUUGCAAGGGAUUUACCUGAGGUCCUUUGCUGGGAAUGCAUUGAGAGCGUAUUUUGUUGAUUUACAUAGGCAAUUUAGAGGGCACGUUUGAUGUUAAUGAUAUUCUACUGUUAAAUACUUGAAAGAUCA